AUGGCCGAGGAGAAGACGUUUCGCUACGGGUUCAUCAUGCUGGGCUUCUUCCUGGUGAUGACGGGCAUGUUCAUCAUGAGCGUGGAGAAGCCCCAGAUCUACAUCACCUUCUGCGCCGUGGGCGUGCUGCUCGUCGCCGUGGGCAUCACCUGGAGCAUGUGCCAGUGCUACCCGAGGGUAACGUUCGUCCCCGUGCACCCCGAGGCCGAGUGGUUCCUGGCUGACAAACCCACUCUGCUGCCGCAGAGGGACAGCCCGGGGAAGCUCUGCCCGCAGGCUCCCUACAGCAGUGCCUACGAGAAGAGCCUGCCCUCCUACGAGCAGGUCCAGAGGCAGGCGUUGGAGCAGCCCCGGCCCCGCAGCUGCUCCCAGCCGGCCGUGCAAGCAAAAGCAGAGGUGCACCGGGAGCUGGGGGGCGGCCAGGAUCCCCCCCAGGAGCCACAACCUUGUCUGGAGACCAGCAGCUGCCCCCCCCGGCCACCCCCGGGGACUGCGCCGCUGGCGUCCCUCCUGGAGGACAUGGACACAGCGUCGCUGGAGGGCUCUGUGCCCGGCAGCCCCGUGCCGCGGGGCCGGACCCCUGGCUCCCCCCGAAAAUCCACCGGGCAGGAGGACGACCUCUACUACGGGCUGAGGGAAGGGCCGGACGCUCUGCCUGAGGACGGCGAUCGCCUUUUUGAGCCCGAGAACUGA